AUGCUCUUACGGAGGAGAACCCCGUCCGCCGGCUGGGCAGCCUUCAGGAUUCUCCUGGUCUUCCUGUGCCUGCGGGUGAAGGUGUCUGUAGCGUCGGGGCAGUUUGAGUUGGAAAUCUUAUCUAUGCAGAAUCCUAAUGGAGAAUUGCUGAAUGGGAAUUGCUGUGACGGCAGCCGGAACCCCGUGGACAGAAAGUGCACCAGGGAUGAAUGUGACACUUACUUUAAAGUUUGCCUAAAGGAGUACCAGUCCAGGGUGUCUGCCGGAGGGGCGUGCAGCUUCGGCUCUGGAUCUACCCCGGUCCUAGGAGGCAAUUCCUUCAGCCUGAAGUCCAGCCGGAACAGUGACAAGAACAGGAUUGUGCUUCCCUUCAGUUUUGCCUGGCCGAGAUCUUACGCACUCGUUGUUGAGGCAUGGGACUACAAUAAUGAAACCAAUGAUCCUGAUGACAUUAUAGACAAAGCCCUCCACUCUGGUAUGAUCAACCCAAGUCGUCAAUGGCAAAUAUUAAAGCAAAAUGCCGGGAUGUCCCAUUUUGAAUAUCAAAUCAGAGUCAUCUGUGAUGAGUAUUACUACGGCUUUGGCUGCAACAAAUUAUGUCGACCAAGAGACGAUUUCUUUGGACAUUAUACCUGCGAUCAGAAUGGCAACAAAACCUGCAUGGAAGGCUGGAUGGGACCUGAAUGUAACAAAGCAAUAUGUCGUCAAGGCUGUAGUCCAAAGCAUGGCACUUGCAAGACUCCU